GGGUCGUGCGUGACCUUCUACAUCUACCUUCAGCGCCUCGUUCUGCGGACUCCGUAGUCUUUCUCUCGCGUUUAGUCGUGGACCACGACAACGUGUCUUCAUGGACGAAGAAAAUCGACCACGCAGGGAGGAAGGCUAUCCCCGUGGCCCGGAGUCGGAAGUGCUUCGUCAUCAAUCCACGUACUCGCUGCAGGCACCAUCCGUGGCGGCGGGUGGAGAGCGCCUGCGCUGUCGACGACUGUGGCCUCUUGGCGUCUUCAUGCCGCUCUUCCUGCUGCCGCUGUUCUUCUUUGGGGCCAAAUACGGUGGCUGCCUGUACUGCCUGCUGCUCCCGCUGAUUCUGUGCGCCUUCAGCGUGGUGCCCAAGCCAGCUACCGCGCUCGUACACCUGGUCACCGUACCGCUUCUGGGACUGCUGGAACCGGAGCUCAUCGCCGGCCAGUACCUAGGCCUGGAGGUCCUGACCGUGGCUGUGCUGCUGUUCGUGGUCGCGGUGCUGGACGCGUGGAGCGAGCUGGUGCGCAACACGGCCCAGCUGCUGUGCGCGCGCUGGGGCCUCCGCCGUGGUCCGCUGUUCGCCGCCGCGUGCGCCUGCUCGUUCGUGAUCGCGUGGCUCUUCUCGGGCGCCGUGGCCUCGGUGAUCGUGCUGUACUUCGUGGACCGCGUGCUGUACGCCAUUCGCAAGGAGAAGAUGGACCAGCCAUCGGACGGCUUACUGACCGCCAUCCACCAGUUCACCUCGCAGCAGGAUUCGAGCGGUUCCUUGCGGUCGGCACCCGUGGGGGAGGACAAGGCACUCUUCGACCGGCUCGCGCAAGUCGUGCUCACCAUGAAGAAGCCCGAGCGCCGGAAGGCGCGUGUGAGGAAGCUCGGCGCAGCGAAGAGCAUUCCCGUGACCCCUGCAACCCUGGCCGCUCCACAGGCGUCCGGAAGCAUCAUUCCCGCCGAGCCCGCAGGGCCGGAGUGCGCGGACGGUGGCUCGCCAGACAAGGACGACCGAACGGAGGACAGCAAGGUCGGCCGUUUCUUCUCGUGGCGCCUGAAGUGGUUCAAGAAGCAGGACGCCACCGACGCGCAGGAAAACUUGCAAGAAGUGACACCUCACAUUCCCGUAAGCGAGGACAUGGACAAGCCAACCAAUCAGCAGGACGAUACGUGCGAGGCGAGGCCGACGCUAGCUCGGUCGUUGCCACCCCAGUCCGACGGCACCUUGAACCGCAUAUUGAGAAAGGUGCUACGGAUGCAGGAACCCGAACGCGAGGAAAAGGGGCAUGACCUGCUGCAGCGGAGUCCCGAGGCAUCGGCCGUGUCUCAGUUCGGCCUCUGCCAGCCAUUCGCGCCAGGUAGCAGCAAAGCGGGCGGGCCCGGGCACUCCGUCAUGGACACAAGCGCGAUAAGGCAAGCGUCGCGAAAGAAAAACCGCGCCUUCAGCGUCUUCUUCUGGCGCGAAAACCAGCAUCCUCAUAACACCCCGAACACCAAGGAAACCGAAGGCACGAGUACUUCACCCACGGAGGGCAAGGCGCGUCCCGCUUGGUACCGAAGGAUGAGCGUCUUCGCCGGCAAGCUCAUCGGUAGGCGCUCCUCUUUAGCGCCGUCCAAGUUCGCCCAAAACGCGAUGGACGCGCCCCCGCAUCACGGCACGGGACCUGUCGCGAGUGCCGAGGAACAGACGGAAGCGACCGGCAACGGGCUCGCCGGGGGCACGGUUUCAGAGUCGCCCAGCAGGCUACCACGGGGUCACCGCUGCGACAACUUCGGGAAUUCGGAAAGCGAUUUCUUUGGUCACUCGACACCGCCGCUACCUCCAGCCGCUAAAAACAAUGCCGCGACUGUCGCCACUGCCACUGUGGAUGCAGCGUCGCCGUCCGACCUGUCGUUUCAGAGCAGUACGUCGGCCACAUCGACCGAGACGCCCACUCCACUGGUUCCGGUAGUGGAGUCGUCUGAACUCGAGGUUGCUCCAGCGAAAAAAGGACACGUUUCUAGCUCGAGCACGAUGACUUUCGCCAGUCGCUGUUCAGAUCAAAGACCCGUUACGACCAAGCUUGUGAAGGUCACGUCGACUAGGGUUUGCACUGCGAGUCCUCGCGAGCCCGAACUCUCAUGUCAGACCCACACCCCUGCCGCUGUUACGCACACUGAGGCGCUCGUUACUCCAUCUAUAGAGGAUUUUCGGCCUGGAAUGCAAGCAAAGCCGGCUUCUUCUGCUGCUGCUUACCUGACCCCAGCAAUCACCGACACUCGCACGUCCGACAGCAAGCCGGUUCCGCCCGAGCCUGACCGCGUCGGCGGUCCGAACCUUGAACGCAACGCCGAAGGACCAACUUCGGAUCAGGUGACCGCCGUCGACGAAAAACCACACAGUUACGUCGGGAAGGACGCUCACGGUCAAGUCUGCAAUAAUUUUGGUCAGAGGAUUGUCGAAGGCAAUUGCUUAAGGCCUACUCCGGGGCAUAGCGAGGUUUCAACGUCUAAGAAGGCAGGUAAAGAUGCCAAACGUAGCAAGAAAGGGCGUCAAAAGACGCACUCGGUGAAGGACAAGAUCACAGGCACGAAAAAAGGAAAGCGGUCUGCUAAGAGGAGAGCGGAUAGCACUAGCUCGAAGUCGUCCUGCGGCGAAACGACGCGUUCUAAAGGUGGCACGCCUGUCAGCGAUCAGCCGUCAGAAGCAGCCAAGGGCUCUCCAAACGAGAAGACCGAGUUAUUGCACGUGACAGAAGACUUGAACGCGACUUGCCGUUCCGCGUUAGAAGGAGUUCGACAUCAGGAGACCAUAGCGUUCGAAGCUAUUCGGUUCCUAAAAGAAGGCCUAGAGAGCAGCGCUGCAAUGAGCCACCCGGCUGUGCCUCUUAAUGCGGGGCAACUGACUGGCGCGAAAGGAGCCCACGAUACGCGUCGUACUCCUGCGGACGACGAGCAUGCGAGGACAACGUCAUCGUCUGGGCAACCGCUAUCAAGCGAGCCGGAGGUGAAUGCGACGGUAGCGGCGUCGGAAUCCGAGCGCGAGCGCGAACAAGACGACGGCGCGAAUGUGAAGGAGCCCUCCAAGAAAUCCCGUACGUCGAAGCCAUCCACUAAACGCGCUCGCCGCAGCUCCGACCGUAGUAAGGCAGGCAAGGACCGCGCAGACAGGGAAACCAAGACGGCCACGGAGCUCGGGUCCGGCCAGGUGGUUUGUCUGGAGAGUGUGGCGAACGGAAAAGACGUGCAACUUGCCCCGAACCCCGUAGAUGCUCUCAAGACGUCUGUGACAUCAAUCGCCCCUGCGACACAGACGGGGCUCCUAGCAGCGCCCGGGUUCGCUUCCGAGGUGCCGACGGAAGACGUAGUUACACCGGUGGAGCAAACGAAGGCGUCCACUGCGAGUGACAUUCGUGCCCCGACGCCGCGCUUCAUUUCCGGCAAGUCUCACGACAGGUUUAAAUUGGGGGUGAAGCGAAAGAUAUCCGUCGUGUCCUUUGAAGCCGGUGUCAAGGAACCGCAAACGAACGACAAGGUGCCCUUCGUGAAACGAGAGUCCACGGCCUUGGCCCACUUGGAAGAACUGGGCCCGAGACUCGCGCACGGGAGGAGGAGCUUAUCGACGAUUCUCAAGACAUCGGCCACACCGACACGCCUCGCCCGGCGGGCCUCCUCGGUCGACUUCGGUCCCGGAAAAUACACCCUCAUCAGCCCCUUGCACAAGACGACUGGCAGCCGGGGGCCCAGCGGGCCGUCCAAGCUCUCCGUGGCAAGCAUGUCGUCGUGCGGCGAGAGCAGCGGCUGGCACCGGGGCCGCCGACCCACCGCGCCGCGCCGCGCGAUGGGCUCCCGAAGCCACUGGUUCGACGACACGCUCUACAUGCGAAGCGGCGUCAGUUCCCGACAGUCCAUGACCGCAAGCCACACAGGGAGCCAGUUUGGAACCGCAACCAAGAAGAAGACCAGAAGUAGUCGCAUGGACGUGCACAAUGCCUUCGUUCUGGGUCCGUCGCUGAUGAGUGUGCUGGGAAACAUCUGCAGCUUCCAUACGGGCGGCAACAAGCAGGCGCUGAGAGGCGUCUCCCUCUCGUCGCGCGUGGCACAGCGCUCCGUCUCCGGCGUCACGUGGGCGAUCCUGACGCUGCCCGGGGUGCUGCUGGCGCUGGUCACCUGCAGCGCGGUCAUCUGGUUGGUCUACGUCAGGCCACAUGAUCCGGAGCCGUACUCGUCGGAGAACCUGGCCGUCAAGAGAGCUGCUCGCGAGAAGCGCGCAUACCGGCAGCGGCAGCAGAGAGGCGUGCAAUUUGCCUGCGCUGCUUACGUGGCAGUAUUUGUGGUGACGUACGUGCCUUCAUAUCUCCUCAACAUGGACCACCGGGUGGCUCUACUAAGUGCGCUGACGUCGAUGAUGCUCGCCACGAGCUUGGUUACGUCAUGCCUGGAAGCUGCAUUCGACUUCGUGCGGCAGAUCUGGCAAGUGGUGCCGUGGAGCAUCCUCUUGUUCAUCGGGGCCACCCAAGUCUCGUCGAAGCUACUGCAGGUCUACGAUAUCCCACACGAGGUCUUCAAGCUGGUGUCCACUUCCUUUUGGGAGGAGUGCACCGCGGUCGAGGCGCAAAUCAUGCUGGCCAUCGCCAGCUCGGUGAUGGCCGAAACCGCGGGCAAGCGGGCGCUCGUCCAAGUCAUGGCGCCAGUCGUGGUGAACAUCGCAGAGGUACAGCGUGUGCACCCUACGUAUUACGCGAUUCCGGUGAUCGUGGGCGCCUCGUCCAACGUUAUUAUGCCGGCGUCGGCCCCGCUCGCCCUGCUGCACGAAUUGGCGCGGGUGUCGUUCUGGAAGCUGCUUCUGUUGGGCUUGCUCGCGAAGACCAUCGUCCUGAGCAUGGUCAUCGUGAUGGUCAACGUGGCGGACAAGUGCGGCAUUCUCAGCGCCCAAACGACUGCGGAAUGAGCCCCUACCUUUUACGGAGUCAUAUAUUUCGUUUUCGCACUCAACUGCCAUUUGCUACAUCGUAUUGAGGAACGCAGAUUUUAGCGCGUGAACUGUACACAACUUUAACUUUGUUUUCUUUGUUACUGUGGCAACUUCGCAACUAGCCUUUUUGGGACACUCGCUGAUAAUGCAUAAGCGCCCACACCCCUCCUCAAUAUGCUCGUUUAUAUGCGUUUUAUGUUAGUCUUUCACCCAGUGCUGUUAACCAGUGUGUUUCUGUCUCCUUGGCAUUCUCUCCUUUUCUUCUUUCUUUCUUUCUUUAUUUUGGUUCAGUUGGACCUUUGGUAUCUUUUUAAUGAGAAUCGAUGUUUUCUGGACCUCGUUUAUUAUUUAUUCUUUGUUACUGCACAUAGUGAAUAUAGCCAUCCGCUCAUCAUGAGUACUCCGCGCAUCACCACACCCUGCGCACCGGGACUGUCGACCCGGACCACCUUGCUGCGAGUCUGCUCAACGAGGGAGUCGGAUGUUGCAAGCCAACUUGCUCUAUCGCUUUAACGAAGCGAAUCAUGCGACUUCCUGCGAUGCAGCAGCGGUGAAGACAAUGUUACCAGGUGCAAGAGGCCUCGUCACCGCAGCAUGGUAGCUAUAUAUUGCUACGCGAGACACCUAUGCGACUAGCAUGGACUACCGAUGUGUGGGAUUGCAGCUGGGGUAAACUGUGUAUUACGGCACAGUCCACGUUAAAGUACAGAGUGCGGUGAGAACUGGAUCUUUAGCGCGCGCAUAUAUAUUUCAUGAUGACAAUACGUGCGCUUCAAUUUUUUUUUGUCGGCGAAGGGACUUGCAGAACUUAUCCUACGUGACGGUGAGGCAUGGAAGUACAUGACCGGGACUUGGACUUGGAGCUGGAAUGUCAUGCGCACGCGUUAUGCCCCAGAUGCUUUCCCUGCAGAAGAGCAUUUUAUGCCUUUAACACCUCAAGGAACGUUCUCGAAAUGAAAAAAAUAAUACGCAUUUCAGGCCGCACAAAGUGGUGGCAGGGUCAUUUCACCUAAUAAAAUGUUCUAGCUUGCGUUGUCCCCAGGGGAAGCGGGGUGCGAGUGUCUUGUCUGAAGGGCUUCUUGUGUGUGCGGGUCGAACACUCGCUGCCAGCGACCGCAUGUUUUAACGUUACAAGGGAAUGCACAGCCAAGGUCUCUACACAAGUGACAAUGGCACACAUAAAUUGUCUGCGGCAAGUUCUCGAAACGCCGCCAGACUGUCGCACAACUUUGGCAGGCAGUAGUAUCGAGUACAAAUGAAUUGUGGCGGCUCUAAAACUAGGGUGUUGACUACUUUGUAUUUGUAAUAAUGCCGUCACAAGCUUUAUAUUGAAGUGAACUCGAGCUUUUCGGGAUGGCGGCCCUUAAGGGAUAACCCCCACUUUGUUUUAUUUAAUAAUAAAAAAACAAGGCACAAAAGAAGCGAGAAAUUCCGUAAGUGUGCGCUUCCACGGAUCUCGUUCGACCCAAUCAUGACGCCGGACCUCGAACUAAAGAGGCGACAAGACGCAGACUGGUGCCACUACCCCUGCCGCUCUCCGUUCGUCGAAUGAUCCAAAUUUUCCGAGCACGUAUCUCGAUUUCGAUAGAAUUAAAGGCCGCAGGUCGGCCAUCUUGGUUGAGGAUAAGUGGCGCGAGGGAAUGCAAAGACUGUACUCAUAUGGAUAAUUGAAGGGUCAUCGGCGUAGGGAGUAAUAAUCGAAAGUAUCCGGUAUAUAGGCGAAGGCACGUAAAGGCAGUGGAGAAGGAGGACGUGUCCCGAAGUAGGAAGAGCGUAGAGCUGGACGCACUUAAGGCUACCGCUCGCUGUCGGGCUAGACUAGGCUGGGUUUGAGGCGGAAAAUAAGACACUAAGCGUAGUUGUGAUCGUAACUGAUUUAGUUAACCGACGCUUCAGUUCAUAUGAGCUGCAGAUAUGCGCAUAUCAUAAGAAACCAACAGACAGACACAAAGGACAACCCGAGAAAUUAUUUGUACUUACUAAUUGAAUUAAAGAAAUUGUAAAUA